AUGCUUCUGUUUGGCUUGCGCUCCCUUUCCGAUUUCUGCAGUCCUACCAAUCAGCUCUAUCAGGAGAAUGCUCUAGAUGCAAUGGACAGGGGUGUCCUCCCUGCCAUGCAAACGGCAGUGGAAACUUUCCCCGACGACGAAGAUCUUAUGAACUGUUGUUCGAGAGUCAUAUGGGCCAUGUCCGACGCGUGCAAAGACGAAUUAGAUGCCAAACGCACUGCACUUCUGGCCAGUCAUGGAGGAGCUGUGUGCCUCGCGAUUGUCAAUAGCUGCCCAAGCGAACCUCAAACUGUGUCGGACACGAUGACAUUCGUUGAGAACAUGCACAAGGCAGGAAGCCCCCUGGACGGAGGAGCCCUUGCACCAGGACUUCUGGCGAUUUUUUCGAAAAAGGUGGACAUGAAGACGGCAUCGCGUGUUGCGGCGGCUCUUGCUGUCGCCACGAACUCUCCUUCUGGAGCGCAGGCAGCGGCGGCAGCGGGAGGAAUGGGCCAGGUUUUAGAGUUCUGUCUUUCGAAUGGAGAUAUGUCUGAACCCGCAGUGCAGUGUGUCGAGUCGGUGUUUGAUGCCUGCAAGCAUAUGGCAGAACAGGGUCAGGCGCAGCGGACAGUGCUGGAGCAGUGCAUUGGUGUUAUGGACAAGUACAGGAGCAAGAAGGGAGCCUUUGCAAAGGGUUCAGCAGCUCUGGCGUCGAUGAUUGGGCCAGAGCAGCUGCAGCAAUGCCUGGCUACCCUAAAGUCCAGCUCACCUGGCUCUCCCGAGCACGACGAAGCACUAACAACUCUCGGGUCCAUGUCUUACAUCUCGUCGUUUACGGACGAGAUUGUGCGGGCUGGAGGUAUUCCUCUCUUGUGUGAACUCAUCAACAGCGGCCUAACACAAAUUGAAACAAACCCCGACAAAAUAUACAGGAUGAUUGCGGGGGCGGCGAAAAUGCUGGCUCGCAUUGCCUCCAACCCCACGAAUGUGGACUCUAUGGUGCAGUCAGGGGCAGUUGCCACCCUAGCAACCGCUGUUUCAUACUGCACGGAUAAUUUAGAGUGCUUGGGAGCUCUUUGCAUGGCGUUGACCCCCCUUGCUGCCCGUGAAAGUCUUGCUAGCGAGAUCGUGCAAUACCAAACAUUCGCCACUGUCCUUCCACUGCUAUACCAACAUGUGGAAAACUCUGACUUCGCCCCUCUGGCGAUGGAACUCGUUUCGACUGGCUCUCAGCACGCUGAGCUUCAUCAGCAUAUGGUAGCCAACUUGGCAGUGGAGAUAUGUGCAAUGUGCUGCAGUUACCACUUAAAGGAUACAGCCUUUCAGGCGAACGCGAUUCUUUCGCUCAACCGCCUGGCGGGCAAUCUGACCAGCGUCCGGAGCAUAUUAGAGUACAGCGGUUUUCAGGGUGUGAACGCAUCAAUUAGGGCGAACAUCCAGGAUGCAACGAUUGUUCAGGGGGCUGUGCAGCUUUAUGAACAGCUUUCAAAGGUGGCGGAUGCGAAGACGUACAUGGCCAACACGGAGUGCGUGGAUGCCGUACUGGAGGCACUGCUUGAACACGAACAGAAUGAAGCGCUGGUGAACUCCGGUGUCAACUGUCUGAGCGUAAUCGCGACGGAGAAUGACUGCAAUCGCCACCUCAGCGACUUAGAUACUGCCAUCCAGACAGCAAAGGGGGAUCCCGACCGCGCCUAUCGUGCCUUGGCCGCCGUUGCAGGACUUAGUCGCGUUAGCCAUCUACGACAGUGUUUCGAGGCUAGAAACGCCGCGGAGGUGAUUUUGAAGGGGAUUCAGAACUGGAUUGACGGAUCACGUUUUGAGGGCCAGGGCCGCGUAAUUCGUGCAGGGCUUAAAACAGUCAAAAUCAUCAAGGUGAAUGGUGACGGAGAUCUGACGCCCGUUCUAGUGAGCAUGUGCGAAAUCGCGUGCCUUCCUCCAGUGAAACGCAUUGUGGAACUCGAGGAGCCUGACGACAAUAUAUUGGUUCACUGUACAGCGGGUGCAAGGGAUGUUGCAGCCACCAGCAGGAUUAGCAAGGAAAACAUUGAGCCUGCUGUAGAGGCAAUAAUGAGAGUCAUGCGCAAAUACGCAGACAGCAGGCGCUCCCAGAUAAACUGCCUAGAGGCCUUAAACUACCUGGCUCUGUGCGACUCCGGCGGCGGCGUACAAGUUCUCGUCAAGUCCGGAGCUCUUAACGCUGUUGUGCAAUAUCUCAACAAGUCGCCCAUGUACCUUGAUGCCCAGAUCGCUGGAUUCACAGUUCUAGCGACAUGCGCGAAGAUUGACCCGUCUUCAGCAGAAGUCAUGAAGAGGUGUAAUGUUCUCUCCGCUUUGAAGGUGGCGAUGCGAACCCACUCGAAAAGCAAAGAGCUCAAGAGGACUAUCGCUCCUCUCUUGGCACUGCUGAUGCCCGUGGAUGCUCUGGAGCGAGAAAUUGCUGAGAGAGUUGCAGAGUGCAAGGCUGCCAUGGAGAAGAACAACAUGGUGGGCAUGCACGAAGCUCUAGUCGAGCUGAACCAGCUUCUGGUGUCUGCCGAGGGGGCUAAGAUCGCUGCUCGUCUUGGCGUUGGGGCGGACCUUGAACGGUUUGCGAACUACGUCGUUGGGAACAAGGCGGUUGCACUGUCAGCGACGGAUUACGAUAUCCUCGGCAACGACCUGUAUGUUGCGACGAUGUCAGAAGUCGCACAUGCCGUUGAGCAAAUGGCGUCAGUGAGGACUGGUUGCGUGCAUUGCAUCAAAGCAGGGAACGUCGAGAGCGUCUUGAGCAUGUAUGGGGCUGUGAAUGCCACGGAAAAGUGCAUGCAUUCUGAGGAAGCCGCCCUACACUCUCUUGAGGCCUUGCGGCUCAUGGUCAAGACGGACAGGAAGUCGGCAGAUGUCGCAUUCGAGCACAACGUUGUUGCAACUCUCUGCAGCGGCAUUGACAAUUACCAGGACUCAGCACCAGUGCUUGCGGCGACUUGCGGGUGCCUUGCAGCCUUGGCAACAACUCCUUCCCGGGUCGCAGCGUUGGUGGCACAGCCCGAUUUUGACAAUCUUCUAAAUAGGCUUGUUAAGAUCAUCAGCGAGGAUCCAAAGAGGGAAAAUCGGCUUGUGGCAAUCAAGGCGCUCAGGGAGCUGGUGGAGACAUGCAAUGAUCCUUCCCUAGCAGUGAAGAUUUGCGAUGCCGGCGCCGUUAACGCGCUUUUCGCCACCAUCGAGAACUAUGGAGACGACGAAGAACUUGUCCGUGAGGCCGCAACGACCCUUGCGCUUCUGGGUGUGCACGACGACCUCCGUCGUUUCUACGGAAAUGAUGUGCGCGCCCCGUGCAUGAUUCUCACCGCUGCAAUUGACAAGCAGAAAAACAGCGACGCAACAGCAUAUCAACUGCUGAGUGUAUUGAAUUGCAUUACAACACGCGAAGACCGCCCAAUUCUCAAAGAACUCGGCGCCAUGGGACAGGUUGCAGAUGCCAUGCGUCUUCAUCCCGAUAAUGAGGGGAUCACUAGGGUUGGAGGCGAGCUGUUUGCCAAAAUGGGAGCAGAUGAGCAGAUCAAGAGCAUCAUGCUUCAGAUUAUCUCUGCUGUUGAAACCAACGACGAGAACACAGUAGCUACGGUGGACGCGCUGUGCGCACAGUUGGCCAUGUAUCUAGCUGCCCCGCUUGACGACCCAGCAGACGCGCUGCAGCAUACGGAGAAGUGCCUCACUGCCCUCACAAGCGUGUUGCAGAUGGCACCAGAAGAUCAGCGACUUCAUGGGCACGUGGCUAUCGUGGCACGGAGACUGUGCGACCGAUGCUUCGACGACCCUAAUGACUCUUACGGUGCAUGGGCAGUAGCAAGCAGUGGAUUGCUGCACCAGAUUGCCUCCAUGAUCGCAGCUGGGCAGGUUGACAGCAACAAGGCCUUCUUGGUCCCAGGAUACCGAACUCUUGCCGCCUGCGCUGCCAACCCGUAUAGCAUGCCAACACUUCAGGAGGUUGCGCCUUCAAUUCUCCCGCAAACCUACACUUUGUUGGAGGCCUAUAAAAAUGACGCAGAGACGACCGCUCGUAUUCUCGAAUUCUUGAGAUAUUUCGCAGAAGAUGCGAAUGGAGCUGCGAUGAUAACACAGAACAUGAGUGGAUCUUCGGGUGACAUAGUGGCCCUUACGCUGCUCUUGAUGCAGCAGCACCAGCAGAGUGACGCUGUAGUGACAUCUGGGAUGUAUUUACUGGGGGCUCUUGCAUACAAUGGAGCUGUCUCGGGAGCAGAUCCGAUUCCGAAGUUUGCCGAUGGAUCUGCGUUGCGGGAGUGCGAAGCACUGUGUGGAGCGAAUGCAAGCCAGGAGCGCAUGAUUGCCUACGCGAACUUGAUGGAACGCCUGAUUCUUUCUCAGUCGUACGGGGAGGCUCUAGCCAAGCAAAAAGCCCUGGAGAAGCUCGUUUUGAGGAUGCAGGCGGAGGAAGAAUCAAAAAAGCUUCCAGAGGAGGCACGUGCUACCAUGCUAUGCUCGGUUUGCCGGGUAUUCAUGGCAGCUGGCGCCGCCGCGAUGGUUGGCGAAAUCGAGCAAUCGAAGGGUUUCGAAUUGAUUAUUCAGGCAAUUGAGGACUACCCAGACAACCCAGGCGUCCUUCGCGACUCGUGCCGAGCGCUUGCAGCAAUGUCAGCUAGCGAUGCCAACCUGGCGGCUCGCACGAUCAAGGAGGCAAUACCUCUGCUGGCGGCUGGUGAGGCGCAGGCAACUAUAACGAGUGACGCGGAGUGCGCGGAUGCUUACUGCGACUUACUGAUGCAGCUGUGUGGAGCUGAGGGCAACGGAAGGCAGCUGUUAGCCAUUGAUGGCGUAGAGGAUUCAUUGAACAAGAUCGACGCGCUUUGUGACGCUGGUGGCGUUGACGAAACUCUCGAGCUGAAGAAAAAAACGGCCAUGAUCCGCCAAGCCAUGGCGGACGACCAGCCCCACGAGAAGACGUGCAAGGAUGUCUACGACCUCUUGAACGGCCGUGUGGCAUCGUCCCUCUCUAUCGCGAUUCCGGAGGUUGCAGUUUUACAAGAGGAGCUCGAGUUUGUAUUCGGCCGGUUGCAUGCGUACAACGCCGAAAAGCUGGAUUGGCAAACACCAAUCGGUGCUGAUCACCAAUACGGAAACAUGGCGCUGGAAAUAUUUGCGACUUCGCCUGUUAACUACAAGGCACUUCAGCAGCAAGACUUCGUCAAGAUGGAACUGUCCAUUAUGAAGAGCGUUAAGGAUGAAGAAAUUGUCCUUUACUCCGUCAAGGCCCUAGCUGCAGGCUGCAAGAAUCCGGCAUGCGCUCAGGAUUCUGCAAGGACAGUAGGCUGCCCAAGCAUCGUCACGGAUACAGUAAGCAGGAUUAACAAGAACUCGAGCCUGUCAAACGAAAGGAAGGAGGAACACCUUUGCGCGAGGCUUCUGCUUGUGGAGCGCACUGCUGUCAACCGGAAUCUCUACAACAAGACGAACGCUGUCUCUGAACUAAUCCGUUGUUGGAAUGACUAUGAUAAGGGCAUGUACUCGACUGCGCUGCUGAGGCAUGUAUUCCGUGCAAUGAGGCGUAUAGUCUCAGAUGCCCACGUCGAUGAGCUGCUGAAGGCCAACGUGUUGCAGCGCCUGAUUGCGAUAAUCAAGAAUGUCAACUCGGACAUAGCGCUGCUGCCCGACGUUCUCUUCCUGCUGGGUUCCCUUGCGGUGGUGCCAGAGAUCAAGACCAAAAUUGGGGAGUUGGAUGGCGUAACGGCGUGCAAUGAAUUGCUCCAGCGGUCCCUUACGAACCCACAGGCUACGGCAGUUGUCACGAAUACAUGCCUCGCUUUUGCGAACAUCUGCAUUGGCCACAAGAAGAACACCGAGCUCUUCCACAAACUGGGUGGUCCGGAUCUGACCGUUCGUGUGCUAAAUGAGCGUUGCAAAGAGUAUGAUGUUUGUAAUGCUGCUUCCGUUUUGCUCUGCAACUUGCUCUACAAGAAUGAGCUAAUGAAGCACCAUCUUGGCACGAAUGGUGCCCCGGCUGCUCUCGUGAAGGGUCUUUCAAACUAUGACGGUUCGACGGAACGCUCUGCAAUACGCUGCCUGGAGUCUCUCUUUAAGGCUAUUAGCAAUCUUUCCCUCUACACGCCAAAUAUCCAGCCAUUUCUGGACGCCGGAAUCGAGAACGCUUACAGCGCCUGGCUAAGCAAUCUGACAGAGGAUUUCCCUGAUGCGCAGCUUGAAACCGGUUGCCGUACCUUGGCCAACCUCGUGAUGGAGAACGAUCCCAAUAACAUGCGGAAGUUCGGUGUUUGCUUGCUACCAUGCAUGCAAGUUGCGAGUCAAGGACGCCAGGAUACGAAGGCUCUAAUGCUCCUUCUCGAUAUAGAGGCGUCUUUGUGCAGAUUGCAAGAGAACGCCGUAGCGUUUGCAGACAAUGGGGGCAUUGAAACGACAAUUCGUGUCAUACACCAGUUCGACUACGAUGUUGGACUGUUGACUCUAGGCAUUCAUUUGUUGAGCAUCCAGUCUUCACUAAUGCCUUCAGUUCAGCGCAUGGUGGAGGCUGAUGUGUUCUCCAUUCUCGUCGGAUGCGUUGAAGUUGACGCCGAGGGGAACGAGGUUACUGAUCUUGUUGUGGGCGGUCUGCGUUGCACGCGGCGCAUCAUUAGGUCUCAGGAACUUGCUUUCGAGUACUGCAAUGCAGGUGGCAUUGCAACAGUAGCAAAUGUCAUUUGCAAGUCUAUCAACCAGCCCAUGGUCAUGCUGGAGGCUUGCCGAGUUCUUCUUUGCCUUCUCGCCUUGACAACAAGACCUCAAGAGGAACGGGCUGCGGCAGUGCAGGCACUUCAUGAAGCUGCUGCGAAGGCGGCUGAGGAGUCCGGUGCUGUGCCGGAUGAGAAUGGCGAAGUUCAUGAGGCUGAGCCAGACCCUGAAGAGCUUGCAAAUGCCGCCUAUGGCAAGUAUCACAGUGGUUGGUACCAUAUGGGGAUGGACGAGGUCAUGAUCGGAGCUAUUAUUCAGGCUGUUUGCGCUUGCGCUGGUUCUGAAAGCCAUGCGAAACAGCUGCGUCUGCAGCGUGUGUCUCUUGGUGUAGCUGCGUACUUCGUGUCGGAGCAGAUGGGCCAGGACUCUUUCGUUGGGAGUGGAGGAGAACUCAUGAUCAUGCAGGCCCUCAACACCUUCCCAGGGGAGAUGUCUCUUACUCAGCUUUCAUGCAUUAUUGUGAACUCAAUCGCCAUGACAUCGGGGGACAUGUAUGAUAGUAUCAAGACAAGAGAACUUGUGGCAGCGUUUAAAACUAGCAUAUCGAAAAUAGGGACCAAGAAACCAGAGGAGAAGGCUGUUCGCGAUGAGUGCCAGAAGACGCUGGAAGCGCUGGGUUCAAAUCUCGAUCCUAUGGACGCAUUCGCAUCGACUGUAACCGAACUGGACAUGAAAAUCACGCAGUGGAAUGUGGAUCCAUAUCCGAAUGGCGUACAUGACUUGCCGGUUCACGUGAAGGAAGCCCUUCGUAAGGGUGGCGAACUCAAAGUGUACAUUGGAGACAAGGACGCAGAGAAGAUCAGAUGGCGUAGUUCGCAGGACCUCAACUCGUUUGAGUGGAAUGUCGGCAAUGAGACAGACUGGAACAAUCGCGUGCCUAUUGUUCGGAUCCGUAACGUUGCGAAGGGGUUGUCUCACCCUGCACUUGUCAAGGCAAACAAGAAGUCGAGGAGCGUUACCUCGAAGAUUUGUUUGUGCAUCUUCGGUCCACCUAAUGAAGACAAUCCAGCAGGCAUUGAGCUGCCUCUUCGGGCCAAGUCACAGAAGGAGCGUGAUCAGUUGGUCGAGAUUCUUGUGCAGUGGCGCGAUGCUGCAACAUACAACUUCUAA